CAGAAAUAAAAUGAUCUCACUCAGACGUCUUUCUGAGGGAGUCGAGUGGAAGAGGAAGUGACUCUGAGCUGAAAGGGGAGGAGCGACGACAGACCACACAGUGCAGAUCACGUCUUCAGUCUCUCUGCUGACUUUCUCUCUGCUGAGAUCAGAGCAGUUCAUAAGUGUAGGAGAGUCAGAGUGAGGAGCUUCUGGACCUUCUGGACCUUCAGGUAUCUGCUGGGUCUGAAGAGCGAUGCUGCCAUGUUUUCCCAGAGCUCAGUAAAUAUUCCAGCAGCGCUGAUCCUCAUUUUACUGGCAGUCCUGCAGGCAAAGGUGGAUCGUGAGACUGUAGGACAGAAAGUGGUGAAACUGACCUGUAGCCCCCCCUGCUGGCCCAGUGGAAACUGUUACUAUGACUGGAACAGGAAUGGUCAGUAUGUAGGAUGUUUUUAUAGCGCCUCACUCUGGUUGGACUCCACCAGACCAUCUGAUCACGACAGCUACACCUGUGAGGUGAAGAACAGCCUCCCUCAGCAAAACUGUGAACUGCCUAACCAGCACUGGGGUGUGACCUACACUUCUGAACGUGUCUGUGCUCUGAAAGGAUCAUCAGUUGAUCUGUCCUGCACUUAUAAACACCCUGAAGGACUCACAGUGAAUAGAUCAUUCUGGUUCAUUGAAAGUCUCCGGCAGCCUGGUGUUGAACCUGAGGAUGUGAAAGAGUCUGAUCAGUAUAAGGGGAGAGUGCAGUACAGCCGGACCCUGAACUCCUGUAGAAUGACCAUCACUGACCUGAGAGAGAGUGACGCUCACACAUACAGCUUCAGAUUCUACACUGAUGAUCCUGGCGGCAGAUACUCUGGCAGAGGUGCAGUCACUCUGUCCGUCACAGAUCUGAAGGUUACAGUGUCAGAUACAGAUGGAGGAGUAAAGAAGCUGACCUGCAGCUCCACCUGCACUCUGCCCAACAACCCCACCUACAUCUGGUACAGGAAUGGACAGCCUGUAUCUGAGUGUGAAUCUGCCUCCUGCCAUGUAGCUGUGGUCAGUGAAGUGGUCAACUACAGCUGUGCUGUUAAAGGCAGUGAUCUCCACUCUCCUCCAGUGUAUAACAGGACUUCAGUAUAUGCAGCUUCUGGAGGCGCCGUGGUUUUACUUCUGAUAUUCACUGCAGUCUUUUUGUGGAUGAGGAGACGAGCAGCAGUGACCAGCAGCAAGACAGAGAAGAACAGUGGAGAGGCUCCAAGGACUGGAGACGACACUUACUCAGCUCUGAACCCCAACACCAUGUCCUCCGACUAUGACACUCUGACUCAUUUUAGAGACUCUCCCAGUGGCACGUACUCGGCUCUGAACCCCAACACCAUGUCCUCCGACUACGAAACUCUCACAGUUGGCCGUCCUCACCCAGCGAUGAGAAGAGCUCCAGAGAACGAGAACUAACAGCUGUUCAUUUACUCUUCAUUCACCACUGCAGCUUCAGCUCUAUGGACAGAACAUUAAAGAGGCGUACGGAGGAUUUCUGAGGCUUAAAGAGCUUCUAGAGCUCAAAACACAUCAGAUGAUCUCCUAAAGUCAGAGAGAUUCUCUCAGAUCAGUCAGAGGAGCUUCUGUUUAUGAAGGGUCUUUAUUCACUGUAGUGCUGUUAUACACCAUGAUGAUCCAAACACGGACCAGAACCAGGCGGUUCUGAUCGCUCAGUGUGAACAGAGUUGAGAUGAUUUGGAUCCAGUUUGAGUAAAAAUGUCACUGUGUAAAUCAGAUUUAUUAAUGUAGAGUUUGUAUAUUUUCAGUUGCUUUUCUGUAGUUUUACUCUUGUUCUCAUUGUUUAGGUUAGUAGAUCCUCUUAAACUCUUUUCUAGCUGUGCUGUCGUUGUUCUGAAUGUGCUGCUAAAACACCGAUAAUAAAGUUUUGAAGCAGC